AAAAAAAAACAAAAAAAAAGCAAUGAAGACACGGCUACUGGGCACAGCGAAAGACCUAAGAGAUGUAUGCCGCUUUGUGGAGAUGGAUGUCUGGAUAACCAAUACGACAACUAACUCAAUUCCAUCACAUGCGCCUUGCCAAACCCCAACGCAUACACCAAGGGACCAAGAAGAGUGGUGGCAGUUCGAGUUUCGACAACACUUCCGCUUCCGCCUCGAUUUCGAUCGGACCCACGGCAAGAGUGCCAAGUAGGAACGAGUAGUAUGAUUUCUAGGAACAGACUGAUCGGUAGUACCGAUCGAUUGUAGAUCGAUUUGGAACUCGACGAUCGUAGUUGGAUGUCAGGCGACGGAAUGAAUCUCUUAUGACAAGGCUGAGCGAUUCCAGCUGUAACAGGAACCAGUCACGCGCAACCUCGAACCCCGGGAACCAGGCGUCGGUACAGGAGCAUUGAAUCAAGGAAUGACAGGGGGAGAACAGAAUCUGGACAGCGAUGUAUUGUGGAAGUAAGGGAUACUAUGUACAGCUGGCGAGCUCCCCAUCAAACCAUGACACUGCAAAGAUCACCCGUGAUGUGACUGCUGCAAUGGUCGUUGCUUGACGGGAAGAGCCGGGCAACGGGGCAGACGCGACAGAGAUUUGUCCAGUCGAGG